UCUGUUCAACAAUCAUGUGCGGGCAUAUAUUUACUCUUUGCCAUGCUUAAAGGAUAAACAAGGAUCAUUCUAGAAAAAAAAAAACAACAUAAUUGUUUAAACGAGAUAAUUCACAAAAAAGGAUACCCAAUCAAAUUGGAUACUGAUUGCAAAACAACAAACAAAUAUAUUUCCCUUAUAGUUGCCAAAAAGGAGAAAAAGGACCCUCAUACUGCAUUCUCGGAAUAUACAAAAGCACACUCUUGAUUAAACCAACGAACAGACAUGGCUGAUAUCAUGAUGAUGAUGAGAAUAACUAACCGCAUACAAGUACUCAAACUACACACAUAAAACGCCAAUAGUGGAGUUUAUGAACCAUACAAUUGCUCUUGCUUCUUAUACAUCGACCAUACCACACCGCAAGGACUAAGUGAACUCUGACUUAGUCUGGCAUCACAUUUGGAUGCCAGUUAUACGCAUCCAUUUACUUUCAGGAACCAAAUUAAUUCACAUCAUGCCAGCUGGACGAGUUGCUGGUAAAGUUGGCUUCUCCAACAAUUAUUACGAUGGACGCUCUUAUGUGGGCAUCAAUGAGGAAAUAAUGUGGGUCAGCAUAGGCAUGGGCAUUACCAUAGUGAUCCUGAUAACAAUUGCCCUCUGUUAUAUAGCGCGAGAGAAAUGCCAAAAACGAAGUCGAGAAUUCUAUGUGACAGCCUAGCUUUGGUCGUUCCUGUGCAAUAUGGCAAAGGACAAAUGUCGAGAUGAUGAUAAUAAUCGAAGCCUUCUAAUGGAAAGAUCCUGUAUGGCAUUUUCAGUGUCAGCUUUUCCAAUAUGAUGCGUAUAUGUAGUAGGAAUAAUUUGUGCGGAGAAUAAUCCAUGUGUGACAAGAGGACAUACAUAUGGGUGGGAUGAAAGUGCAAAGGACGAGAAUGAGGAAGAAGGACAACGACGAAGCUUACCAAUUGGCUAAUAUACGUGUGGCUUUGUAUGUUUGUUUGUGUGUGUUAUUUUGGCUCGUGUAUAUUGUUAAGUUUUUUUUGUAAGCAAAAAAAUUACUUUUUUUUUAAAGAGUGAAAGCUCAUCCUUUCUAUGUUAAGGAUAACGUCUGAAUAAAUUACAAAAAAAAAAAAGAAAAAUGAAAAAAAAAAACAAAAUUAAAAUGAUACGGUUCAGAGGAGAUUUCGGACCUUUUGCGUCUGUUGUAUUGCAAUCCCAUUGUUGUUGUUUUUUUUUUAUUCAUUUUAAAUUAUUUUAUUGUCAUGAAAAAUGAAGGACACGGUAAUAACUCAGAGAUCACACCGAAUUAGAUGGUACGAAUGGACGAUAAAAAAUAUUUCAUAACAGAUGUGAUUUUGUAAAAUAAGAAAGAAAAAGAAAACCCUUUCCAGGGGAUUUAACCCAGAAAUUCCUUUUUUUACACAUAAAACUAGAUUUAAGGAUUUGAAAAAGUUUUAUUGCCCUUUGGGAAUUUUGUUGUGUAAUUUUGUUGAAAUAAAAUACGAAUCUACAAAACCCAAAAAUGAAACAAAAAAUUAAAUAAAUAAAAUAUUCAGUCAACCGAAUAGGUAUUUUGGAAUUAUUUAUAUUUGUAAUUGAUGGGAGAUGUCAUUUUGUAUUGAAAAUUAUAUUUUAAAACAUUUAACUUGAUAUGUCGACAGGUUGACAGUUUGAAAAUGAUGAAUUGAAAGGUGCAAUUAUCUACCUAUUGGUGAAUCGUAUAUCGUGAUCUAAAUAAAAUAAAUCAAAUUUUGUAAAUGAGAAUAAAUUGAAGCUUUUAUAAUUUCUAUUGAAAUGUUAAUUUCAAUUGUUGUGUUAUAAUAUGCAAUUUUGUUAUUUUCGGAAAACAAUCAACUUUUUAUAUAAUUUUAGAUUUAUGAUUAGAUUUAAUU